GAUUUCAUAAUGAACUGACAUCGGUUAGAGAACCAUUGGUGAACCAACAGGGAGUACUGGACAACCAGCUGUUUCGUCAGCCUAAUUUCGGACUCUUCACCAGUACGCACACACUGGAAUUCGGAUCCAGGUCCUUCUGUUUACAAGGCGAGCUAGCUUGUAGACCACUGAGCCACUGGGACCUGAUCCAGUGGCCAGUCCAUGACUUCCAACUUCUACCAAUUCACGAUAGUUAUGCAUAUAUUAGAUUUAGGCCUG